UUGAUUGUUUCUUCUCCUUUUUUAUCCAUUUUCAGCUUCAUUACUGUAAGCUAUUGCUGUCGUUGUUUGAAACUGACUUACACAAGCCAUUUGUUUUGUUCGGUAAACGAAAAUCAAAAUGGAGUGGUCAAAGAGGUGUGCGAUAUAUGCGAUGCUACCGUUCGAUCGCAAGCCCAUCCGGCAUCUCUGCUUACUGACCUGAACAAUUCGCAAAACCUAACCUGUUGGGUAUCACAGCCGACCACUGAAUAUCCGCACAACGUGACGCUGACGUUGUCACUCGGUAAAAAAUUUGAGAUUACCUACGUGUCACUACAGUUCUGUAACCGUAUCGCCGACUCGAUGGUCAUCUAUAAAUCAAUGGAUUUUGGACGGACUUGGAUCCCGUUCCAGUACUAUUCAACACAGUGCUGGAAAAUGUAUGGAAAACUGCCAAAUGCAGUUAUUAAAAGAAGCAAUGAACAAGAAGCAAUUUGUACAAGAGCUGGCACAAAUCUGUUGGCAACUCGUGUAGCAUUUGCUACCCUCGACGGACGUCCAUCAGCUUUUGACUUUGCACACUCUCCAGUACUUCAAGAUUGGGUCACAGCCACCGACAUCAAGAUCGUCUUCAAUCGUUUGAGCCCGGAUCAAGCUGAACUUUACGGCUUAACAAAUGAUAAUGGUGUUAAUAUAACGGAUUUGGAUAAGAUCAAACAACGGUAUUUUUACUCGUUAAGCGAAUUGGCCGUUGGUGGACGUUGUAAGUGUAACGGUCAUGCAUCCAGAUGCAUCUUUGACAACAUGGGAAACUAUGUCUGCGAUUGCAAACAUAACACUGCUGGUGCCGAAUGUGAACGUUGCAAACAGUUUCAUUUUGACCGUCCCUGGGGACGGGGAACUGUCGAGAAUGCAAAUGCAUGUAUCGCUUGCAACUGUAACCUGCAUGCAAAACGAUGUAGAUUCAACAUGGAACUGUACAAAUUAAGCGGCUACAAAAGUGGUGGUGUCUGUAUCAAAUGUCAACAUAACACUGCUGGACGGAACUGUCAUUACUGCAAACCAGGAUACUACCGAGAUCACAGUAAACCGAUGUCCCAUCGAAAAGCCUGUACACUAACAACGGGAUUAGGAGCUUCCUAUUGGGAAGUUUUUUUAUUUUAUCCUACUUUUUAUUCGACUUUUUUUUUUAAUCCAAUUUGUGUUAUUUUGCCGACAAAAACCAAAAAAAAAAGUUUUUGGUAA